AUGUCGAAGCGAGGACGUGGAGGAUCAGCGGGUAACAAGUUCAGAAUGUCGCUGGGUCUGCCGGUGGCGGCGACGGUGAACUGCGCCGAUAACACCGGUGCGAAGAACCUGUAUAUCAUUUCGGUGAAGGGGAUCAAGGGGAGGCUCAACAGACUGCCUUCUGCCUGCGUUGGCGAUAUGGUGAUGGCCACAGUGAAGAAAGGAAAGCCAGAUCUCCGUAAGAAGGUCAUGCCCGCUGUCAUUGUGCGCCAACGCAAACCAUGGCGCCGAAAGGACGGUGUUUUCAUGUACUUCGAAGAUAAUGCGGGUGUCAUUGUGAAUCCCAAGGGUGAAAUGAAAGGUUCUGCAAUCACCGGCCCAAUUGGAAAAGAGUGUGCUGAUCUUUGGCCUAGGAUUGCAAGUGCUGCUAAUGCUAUUGUCUAG